AGCAAGUUAGACUUGCCCUUCCCCCUUCAACCUGCACCAACAUCACUAGCCAAUGUAUCGUGUGGGCCUCAAUAGAAACUAACAAUAAUAAAAAAUAGAGGCACUAAUAUUACGGAUAGCAAUAGUUUUGCCUGUAGACAGGAAUAAACGAAUAAUCCGGAUUUUAUUACCCAAGGACCCGGCAGAGAGGCACGCUGUACCAUAGGAUUUUUCAAUGUAAGAAAAUACCUGUAGUUCUACAGUUGGCAACAUUUGACAGAGGAGGAAGUCAGUUAGACAGGUAGACACGCAUUGAGUGGGACAGCACAGCACAGCAGCUAAACUGGCCCGAGCUGCUUUAAAAUUGGCAACCGGCAUUCGACGAGUAGCUCUUUGACCUACUGGGUUUUUACGUGCUAAUUUCCUUGAUGGUACAGCUAGCUUCCUUGCUAUUUUCUGUCGGUAAAUAUAUUUAGCUGUGUAUAUUUUUACUUUGACUCUUCAGUGGCUAUAUUCGACAUUUGCUGUAUUCUGCAUUUGAAUCUCAAGCCCACGGGUGUGUUGGUGUGUUCCCAGUUGUGUAUGGCUAUGCGGCGUGUAACGAUGCCGUGGGGUGCCGGGUUUGUCGUGGCGGUGCUGUCGCUAUUGGCUGAACGGUGUCGGGCGGACGGCGGGGGCCCAAGCCUGGCUGAACGUGUAAUCUGGGCAGUGAAUGCCGGCGGUGAUGCUCACACGGAUCUGCAUGGUAUUCAUUUCAAGAAAGACCCGCUGGAGGGGAAAGUCGGCAAAGCUUCUGACUAUGGAAUGCGCCUGCCCAUCCUACGCUCCAGUCCUGAGGACCAGAUUUUGUAUCAGACCGAGCGAUACAAUGAGGACACAUUCGGAUAUGAGGUGCCAAUCCGCGAAGAAGGAGAUUACAUCCUGGUUAUGAAAUAUGCAGAGGUCUACUUCGCCCAGUCCCAGCAAAAAGUGUUUGAUGUGCGACUUAACGGUCACGUGGUGGUGAAGGACCUGGAUAUCUUUGAGCGAGUGGGUCACAGCACGGCCCAUGAUGAGAUUGUGCCCUUCUCCAUCCGCAAGGGCAAGCUCAGCGUGCAGAAUGAGGUGUCCACCUUCAACGGCAAACUCACCGUGGAGUUUGUCAAGGGUUACUAUGACAACCCUAAAGUGUGUGCACUCUAUGUGAUGAAGGGGACUCUGGAAGAUGUGCCAAAGCUCCAACCUCACCCUGGCCUUGAGAAGCGGGAAGAAGAGGAAGAGGAGGAGGAAGAUGUGGAAGGAGGAGAGGAGGGGGGUAAGAAGAGCGCCUCGACGGCGCCCAAGCACAGGGUCCAGUCGGGACCCCGAACGCCAAACCCGUACGCGGCCGACAACAGCAGCCUGAUGUUCCCAAUUCUGGUGGCGUUUGGGGUCUUCAUCCCUACUCUGUUCUGCCUCUGUCGGCUGUGAGAACAAGAGAACGGGGGAGGGGACUGGGGGAGGAGUGGGGACAUGACGGACAAGAGGAGAGAGGGAGUAGAGGGAGAAACCACGGAAGAGGCAGGUAUACCGACACAAGAAAACAAAUGGAACGAGUGGAGGGAGAAAAAGAGGACGACAGACACACCAAGGGGAGUGAGGGAGACUGGGAGUACUGACAGAGAUGGAGAACGGGUGGGUGAGAGGGUCACAGCAGAAACGGGUGCAGUUGAAAAGGAUGAGAAACAAGGACAUGAAGUUUCCUACUCCAUUGACUAGGGAGAGGGGGAGAGAGGAGCUGGAAAGGGUGUGCUUGUGCAUGCAUGGGUGUGUGCAAGAAAUAAACUGACUGGUGACGCAUCCAAACACAACACCACUGUAAAAGACAAUGAAAAUCACUCCAAUUCCUAUCAGAUUCACAUGUAUGCAGGCAUAGACAUACACAUGCACGCACACACACAUAUACAAGAAAGGACUGCUUUCAAACCAGAUUGUCGGGUCUUACAGGGAGGUGCCAUACUUUGGGAUGUUGCUAGCAGUUGGCUGUCCCCUGCCAUGCCUGUGUGUGCUGCUUUAGUUGUGGUGAGGUGCAGGUGUGGAGGGAAUGGAAGCAUUGCGCGCUGCAGAGUGACAGAUCUUUCAGGAGAAGAGAUUUACUCAAAUUGGAGGGGUCCAUUACCAAUCCAGUAGAUUUCAGGGUAAGAAGAAAGCAUGGUCUGUGAUUGUGGGUUAUGCAAAAAGCAAGCAAUUGGAAAAAUGCCUUGAAAAAAUAGAGCAGAUUCAGUGGAUGUGUGCUGUUGAUUUCAUACAUUUUCAUUUUUGCUUGCCUUUUAAAAAAUUUUGAGUUCUCAAUUUUGUGCUUUAAGAUAUUUAAAACAUGCCCAAGUGAUGAAGCCAAUUGUUUUAGCUGGAUAAACCAGAUCUGAAGCUUCAUGCCACAGCCUGUUUGUGGGGAAAUGUCAGGUGGCUUCAGUUUAAUUUGUAAGGGCCAUAGUACACUCACUUGCUGCCUUUUAAUUUAGUUUCAGUUGCUGUUCCACUGCUCUGUUCAAGGGCAAACAAAUAGAAGGACACUUCCAUACUGCAAGAAUUGCUCAUUGAAACCGCUGAUUAAAAUGGAAGACCGCAUUUGCUUACUGAGGCACAAAUAAUCUGUAUUCCCCACAAACCUAAGAUGGCGUGCAAGGUGUUCACUACUGUACAUUUCAAAACGUGGGGGGAAGAAAAGCAUGUUGCCUGUGAAAGGAAUUGAAGUUCACUUUAGUAUUCCCAGUGCAUUACAAUGUGCUUUACAGUUUCCUUCAAAUGUUUACAGUAAAUGAGAACUGCCCAGGACCUGAUGCUGUGGUUUGCAUGACGGAAUCCUGUAGUAGUGUCUGUUUGGCGAGAUGAUUCACCAAAGACACAGAUGGGCUACAGCUUUGGGAAUUAUUGCAUUGGACCUGUGUCGAGUUCUAGAUUUUUGUCAUUUUUCUACCCUGGCAGAAAUGUCCCUUUAUCUGUGACUUCGCCCCUGUUAUUGGUACAGUCCUGGGUAUACUCUUGAAUUCCCGCUCAAUAAAGAUAUGGCAUAGCAUAUGACCUAGGCUCCACUGUAAGAGGCAGUGAGGAAACAAGUUUAUAAUGUGAUUAAAUAAUGAGUUUCCUUAACACAACGGUACAGCAUGUGGAACGGGCCAGUUCAGAUCUGUAUUUCUGUCUUGGUGGUGAAGAGACCUUUAUGUUGUUGUUGUUUUGGGUUUUUUUCUUUUCUUCUGAAGACAACAGUCCCUUGAUGUAUCAUCACUGCCUCUUUUUCUUUUUUUAUCUUGAGCUAUGCAGGCCUUCCGUAGUUUCUCCAAAGCAAUCCACUGUUCCAUGAUAUUUUGCAGUGCAUGCUUGAGUAUGGAGGGUAGAGAAUGCUUGUGUGCUUUGUUACCUCAGCCUCUACAGUCAAGGUUUGCAUUGCAGGAUUUCAUGCGACAGUCAUUUUGCAGCUAAUGCUUACAUUUAAUGUGCUGAUAUUAGUUUGAAGGGUAUUUUUGAUCUCUUGGAAUUAAGAGUUCAGAUUAUUGGUGCUGUAGUAUUGAAUCUGAAACAGCAAGGUUAGUUAAGGAUGUGUGGUUCUACAUAUGUGCCUGUCUUGGGGGACAUACAAAACAGCAGUGCUUAGUGGCUGCUAUAGGGCUGCCAUUUUGGUGGUGGCCUGAAAUGUGUGACGGAGGAGGAUCUCCCACAUGUGCAGGUUUAUUCUUUCAUUUUUUGGACAUUACACAGUCCAGUGAAUUUCCCAUUUAGUGCAAGUGAAGACGGUUAUAUCUCAGCACCCUACGAAGACCCCAGUUAGAACAAUUUAUGAAGUGACAACAAAAUCUGAUUGAUAAAAUAUUUGCUUUCCAGUCUUAUGUUAUUUUCUGGGGGACAUAGAACUUUGCAUAGAAGUUGACUUUUGGUGUUUCCCAUAAUUUUUCUUAAAACUCCAUUGCAUUUCCAAUAUCCUUUUCCUCCCUCUGAUCUUAAAAACUUCCUCCUCAAUAUACCUGUUAAUCAGAUUGAGAGCAAUAUGCUGUGUAUUCUUGUUUGAGUCACCAAACAUCUGUUGAUGUGUGUAUAUUUGUGCAUAUGUCAAUUUGUGUGUGUCUGGAGGGAGGUGGAUUCCGUCUGUCUGCAUCAAAGCAUCUUUCUCUCUGUACUUGUGAGUGUGUCUGGAACACAGCCCUUGAGAACACAGGACAAAUCUCUCAAAUGCAGAGAUUCAUAGCAGAUCUUUUAUUUUCUGUCAGCUUAAAUACCAUCCUGACUGGACUCUCAAAUGCACCUAGCCAAAUUAAGUUAUUGUUAAUCCAGGUCUGUAAAAUGGCCCUUAAUAACUCCAGGUGAUUAGGCAAUACAGUUUGCAGUAGAGGGGGAAAAACAGACUUGUGCCAUCCUUCCAGGACAGUGAAAAGAUAAAACAAUCAAACAGAAGCACCUUUUUUCCUUUGUCUGAAAGCAAAAAGUAAUUUCAAAUCAGCACCAAAGUUGGAAGCUUUUCUCUUUGUUACGGUAAAUGAAAAUCUCUACACAGUGCGUGUGUAUAUAAGGUACAAAAUCACACUUCUAGUGUGUUGAGGUUGUUUCUUUCUUUAAAUCUUUAUUAUGGCAGCAUGGGUUUUUAAAUAGCCAUCUUAACGAGGGCAAUAUAGCCUUUCUGUUAUGGUGGUGAAUGGAGGGAAUGGUCAAGAAAAAAAUGCUGGACAAACAGCCUAGUAGACACACUGACUGAUGGUCAGGAAGUUGGAGAAUGAGGCUAAUCUGAAAAUGUGGGUCACUUUGCUUUUUUGUUGUGUAAUUUAAAAAACAGGAUUAAUAAUAUUGAUAACUGAUUAAUAAGAAUUUGCAACUUUUUAAUUUUUCCCUCAGGAUUUCGGUUUGUUUGGUUUUACCUUUUACAAUGCUGUUUUAUUUUAUUGGUGUGAAUUUUAUUUUUAAUUUUUUUAAUUUUUUUUUUUUUUUGCACUGCCUGGUGUUAUAAUUUUAAAGAGCAUUUUUCUCAUUUGUGUAUAGUUUUGAUUUGAUUCCUUGUUGCCUUGAUUUUGAAUACAUGCAGACAUGCUUUACGAUC